UGAAGAUUGGAGUGUGGGGGGAGGGAAAAAGAAGAAAAAACGAAGCAACAGGUUCGGUUCGGGGAGUGGAGAGAGAGAGAGAGAGAGAAGGAAGAGUGAAGAGGACAGAGUAUAAAGGCAGUUGUUAUAAUAGCUUUACAACCUUUGUUGUUUGUGUAUCUUAUUUUUUUUUCCCAGAGAGAAAGAGAAAGAGAAAGAGAGAGAGAGAAAGAGAAAGAGAGAGAGAGAGAGAAUUCAUGGAGGAGGUUAUGAGUAUUCUUCCCAAGUUACCUUUUUAAAAAGCUCACCCCCUCAUUUCUUCUUUACCAGGAAACCAAAAAUUUUUAAAAAAAAAUCCCAAUUUCUCUCCGAUCGAUCUUAUUUGGAUCGGACUAGAGUGAGUGAUUGUUUUCAAAUUAGCUGUCUGUGAAGAAGUUCCCUAUUAUUAUUAUUGUUAUAUAGUAAACGAUGGCGACGGAGGAUGGAGGAUUGAGCUUCACGGUGGCUUCAGUAAUGCAGGAUGUGUUGCAGCAACACGGCAAUGGCCUUGGAGAUCAUGAUUUACAGUCUCGUCGAGCUGAAGAAGCUGCGUCGAGGAGAUAUGAGGCAGCUAAUUGGCUGAGAAAGAUGGUUGGAGUUGUGUCAGCUAAAGAUUUGCCUGCAGAGCCAACAGAACAAGGCCUUAGGCUUGGCUUACGUAGUGGUAUUAUCCUUUGCAAAGUCCUCAAUAAGGUUCAUCCUGGAGCUGUUUCGAAGGUUGUGGAAAGUCCUUGUGAUGCCAUUCUUGUUGCUGAUGGAGCUCCCUUAUCUGCAUUUCAGUAUUUUGAGAAUGUUAGGAACUUCCUUGUUGCUAUCCAGGAUAUGGGCUUUCCUACAUUUGAAGCAUCUGAUCUUGAGCAAGGAGGGAAUGCUUCUCGAGUUGUGAAUUGUGUUCUGGCAAUCAAAUCGUAUGAUGAAUGGAAACAAAGUGGUGGAAUUGGAGUUUGGAAAUUCGGUGGCAACAUAAAGCCUCCUACUCUUGGUAAAUCAUCAUUUGUGAGAAAACACUCUGAGCCGUUCAUGAACUCAUUAUCCAGAACCUCAUCGAUCAACAAUGACAAGUGUCCCUCUGACACCGAUUCUAACAAGCUGACCAGUUCAGGUUCCCUCAGCACCCUUGUUCGUGCUGUUCUAUCAGAUAAAAAGCCUGAGGAUGUUCCCAAACUGAUUGAAUCUCUGCUGAGCAAAGUUGUAGAAGAAUUUGAAAAUCGAGUUACAAAUCAGUUUGAGUUGGUUAGAGCAGCAGCUCCAAGAGAAUCAACUUCUUCACAGAACAACAAACCAUUUCUUAAACCUCAUGGUGAAAGAGAGAGGGAAGAGAAGAGUUUCAAGGCAAUAAAGAAAGAUGAAACUAAUCAGAAAAUCCAGAUUGUUGACGACGAGGUGAAAAAUCGACAAUUUAAACAACUGACAAUCUUCAACCAACAACAAGAAGAUAUAGAAGGACUAAAGCAGACACUCUACACUACAAGGGCUGGUAUGCAAUAUAUGCAGAAGAAAUUUCAAGAAGAGUUCUCUUCUCUUGGUAUGCACAUUCAUGGCCUUGCUCAUGCUGCUUCUGGUUAUCACCGAGUUCUUGAAGAAAACAGAAAACUUUAUAAUCAAGUGCAGGAUCUCAAGGGUAGCAUCCGUGUUUACUGUCGGGUACGACCAUUUUUGCCUGGACAAUCCAGCAUUUCUAGCACAAUUGGGAACAUGGAGGAUGAUACCAUAGCGAUUAUUACUGCAUCUAGACAUGGAAAAUCACUCAAAUCCUUUACUUUCAACAAAGUAUUUGGCCCAUCUGCCACUCAAGAAGAGGUAUUCUCUGAUAUGCAGCCAUUGGUCCGUUCUGUUCUUGAUGGAUACAAUGUAUGCAUAUUUGCAUAUGGUCAAACUGGAUCAGGAAAAACAUUCACAAUGAGUGGACCAAGAGAUUUAACAGAGAAGAGUCAAGGAGUUAAUUACAGAGCACUUGGUGAUCUGUUUCUUCUUGCUGAACAAAGAAAAGACACAUUCCGCUACGAUAUUGCUGUUCAGAUGAUUGAGAUUUACAAUGAGCAAGUCAGAGACCUUCUUGUUAGUGAUGGAAGCAACAAAAGGUUAGAGAUCAGGAAUAGCUCUCAAAAGGGUCUAAGUGUGCCGGAUGCAAGUCUUGUUUCCGUUUCUUCAACAUUUGAUGUUAUUGAUCUAAUGAAAACUGGGCAUAAGAAUCGAGCCGUUGGAUCUACAGCCUUGAAUGAUCGAAGCAGUCGUUCUCACAGCUGCUUGACUGUUCAUGUUCAAGGAAGAGACUUGACUUCAGGAGCUGUUCUUCGCGGAUGUAUGCAUCUUGUGGAUCUAGCAGGCAGUGAAAGGGUAGAUAAAUCCGAGGUUACUGGAGACAGACUAAAAGAAGCACAACACAUUAAUAGAUCUCUCUCUGCUUUAGGAGAUGUGAUUGCUUCCCUAGCUCACAAGAACCCACAUGUUCCUUACAGAAACAGCAAACUCACACAACUACUUCAAGACUCUCUUGGGGGGCAAGCAAAGACAUUAAUGUUUGUCCACAUUAGUCCUGAGGCAGAUGCAUUUGGGGAAACAAUAAGCACUUUAAAGUUUGCAGAGAGAGUAGCUACGGUUGAACUCGGUGCUGCACGAGUGAACAAUGAUACUUCAGAUGUUAAGGAACUCAAAGAACAGGUUGCUACGCUAAAAGCAGCUCUCGCGAGAAGAGAAGCAGAGUCACAGCAGAGCAAAAUCUUCACAACUCCUGGUGGCUCUGAGAAACACAAAGCCAAAACUGGUGAAGUAGAGAUUCAUAACAAUAACAUCAUGGCAAAGAAAGCUGAGAGCUGUGAAGUGGAGGAGAUUACAGUGAACUCACCGCCUUGGCCACCAGUAGCAAGUCCAGGGCAAGCCUACAGAGAGGAUGACCCAAGUUUCGGUUCCAGCGAGUGGGUUGAUAAGGUGAUGGUGAAUAACAGGCAAGACGAGAUGAAAAGAGUGGAGAGUCUAUGGCGAGGAGGCACAACAGACAAUGGAAUUGGUAUUCUGCCGGAAGAUUUUUACAGGAGAGAUUUGUCUUCAGACACUUCAAGAAUAUUCUCUGAACAUUCUUACAACAUCUUUAUGGGAAACAACAACAGCAUAGAUGAUCUAGAUGCAGCCACAAGUGACUCAUCGGAGCCAGAUUUGCUGUGGCAAACAAACCAAUCCUCCAAGAUACCAACAAGAAGCAAUACUGAGUCAAAACCCAAGAAACAACCCGUCUCAAAAGCGAUAAGAAGUCCUCAAUUCAGGAACAACUCAAACUCGGUUUCACGGCCUUCAGCUUCACAGAAGCUAACAAAUGGACCUCGUGGCACGAAACAACAGUUUGGUCCUGCUGAUAUGAAGCGGAAAGCUGCUAACGCUAGGCAUUGAAGGCCACACUCACUCACCCGUACGGAUAUACAUACAAACAAACUCACAUGGAUUUUUAUUCGUUUUUUUUUUAUUUGAUUAUUUUUCUUCCACUGGUUGUUUUCUUGAUUCUUCCUCUUUCUCGUUUGGUUGUGCAAGUUUCGACAUCAAUAUAUAUAUAUAUAUAUAACACAGUCACAGACAAAUAGGAAGUGUUCUUCUUUUCUGUUCUAUUUUAUGUAUAUUCAUUCUUCCACUAGUUGAACAUAAAAUAUAUGAAAGAUUUGUAUGUAAACUGUAUUUGCUUUGUGAGUUUUUUUAUAGUAGUA